AUGUUUGGAGGCAUUCGAGAUCGAAUCUUCCGUAUCCAGAAACACAGCAGGAGCGCCCGGAACGAGUUUUUUGGAGCUCACCCUUCUCUACCAGAAGGACUUGUCGAUCCGGCACCUGCUGGACGAUCAUCGCUCCCGACGGAGUCGUUAACUGAUCCACCCACUACGACAAAAUCUUCUCAAUCAGUGGUUAUAAAACCAUCCGAAACAACAAAUCAGGAUAUUUCAACACUAGAUAAAAGUGUUGAACACCCGCACAAGGAUCAUUUGAUCCACCAUCCGACUCCUCCACGUUCUUUCUUCUCAUCUACUUCUUUAGCAGUCCAUCCAAACGUCGAAGCAGCUCAUAGUUCAUCGGAAGAAGAUCUUAGAAUGCCAAACAUCAAGGUUUUCUCUGGAUCCUCGCAUCCUGAUCUCUCGACCAGAAUCUGUGAACGACUCCAACUGGAAGUCUCCAAAGCCUCUCUGAAGAAAUUCAGUAAUAAAGAAACCAACGUCGAAAUUGGAGAGUCAGUUCGUGGAGAAGAUGUCUACAUCAUUCAAUCAGCAGCUGGAGAAAUCAACGACAAUCUUAUGGAACUUCUCAUCAUGAUCAAUGCAUGCAAAAUUGCAUCAUCAUGUCGCGUCGCUGCUGUUAUCCCAGCUUUUCCAUAUGCUCGACAAGACAAAAAAGACAAGUCGAGAGCCCCGAUCUCAGCCAAGUUGGUUGCGAACAUGCUCUCGGUUGCUGGUGCUGAUCAUAUCAUCACGAUGGACUUGCAUGCAUCGCAAAUUCAAGGAUUCUUCGACAUUCCAGUUGACAACUUGUAUGCCGAGCCAGCGAUUCUGAAGUACAUCAAGGAGUCGAUUCCAAACUGGCAGACAUCAGUUAUCGUUUCACCAGAUGCUGGAGGCGCGAAAAGAGUCACUUCAAUCGCUGAUCGCCUCAAUGUCGAUUUCGCUUUGAUCCACAAGGAGCGUAAACGAGCGAAUGAAGUCGAGAAGAUGACACUUGUCGGAUCAGUCGAAGGAAAAGUUGCAAUUUUGGUGGAUGACAUGGCUGAUACCUGUGGAACCAUCUGCAUGGCUGCUGACAAAUUGGUCGAGGCCGGAGCGGAAAAAGUGUACGCUUUCUGUGUGCACGGAAUCUUCUCAGGACCUGCUCUCACUCGUCUCAAUGCUUCAAAGUUUGAAGCUGUUGUUGUGACGAAUACGAUUCCACAGGAUGAAAAUAUGAAGAAGUGCUCCAAGAUUCAGUGCAUCGACAUCUCGAUGAUUCUGGCUGAGGCAAUUCGUCGUACUCACAAUGGAGAAUCAGUCUCGUACCUCUUCUCACACGUCCCGAUCUGCUAA